AUGUCACAUACGGGGACGUCUCGCAAACUGGUCGUCGCGUUUGACAUCGGGACGACCUUCAGUGGGGUUUCAUACAAAAUUAUAGAUCCAGGCAAUACGACCAACACCCAUACAGUGACGAGGUUCCCCGGUCAAGAUCACGUAGGAAGUACUUCGAAAAUCCCGACCGUGAUUUGGUAUGAUCGUGAAUCGAAACCGGCGGCUGUAGGCGCUGAAGCGGUGGAAGACGGUAUCGCCGUUCAGGCUGAAGAGGAGGAGUGGACGAAAGCCGCAUUAUUCAAGCUCAACUUACGACCGCACCGUAUGAACUCCGGCGUGACCGAAGGCCUAAUACCCACCAUACCCCCGAACAAAACCAUCGUCGAAGUCUUUGCGGACUUUAUGCACUAUCUCUACAGAUGUACAAGGGACUUUAUCAGAGACACUGAAAUGAACGGAAAGGACCUCUGGGACUCGUUAGACAGGACCGGCAUUCACUAUGUCAUCACGCAUCCCAACGGAUGGGAAGGUCUCCAGCAAUCACAGCUGCGAACCUCUGCUGUUUUGGCGGGGUUGAUUCCGGAUACGGAUGAAGGACAUUCGAGGUUAUCGUUCGUGACAGAAGGAGAGGCGAGCUUGCAUUUCUGUGUGCAGAGCGGAUUGGCGACGACGGCUAAGGAUGGUAAAGGUGUACUCAUUGUGGAUGCGGGAGGUGGAACGGUCGAUAUUAGCGCGUACCGAUUCAUUGAAAAGGACGACAGCUACGAAGAGAUUGCUGCUCCUCAAUGUCUCUUCCAUGGGUCCAUGUUCGUCACCAUGCGAGCCAAAGAGUAUCUGAGAGAAUUUCUUAAAAAUUCGCGGUACAAAGACGAUGUUGAAACCAUCGGACAACGAUUCGAUCAAAACACCAAACCCAUCUUCAGAUCCGGCCAGAAGUUCUAUUAUAUCCCGUUUACCAGCGCCAGCGAGAGCAACCCCUCGUUGAACAUCCGUGCUGGGCAGCUCAAGUUGGAGGGCUCUGUUGUAGCUGGGUUCUUCGAGCCUUCGAAUGUUCUCCUUGUGGGUGGGUUCUCUGCGAGUGACUGGCUGUAUAAGCGGAUCAAGGAGGCGAUGGCGGAGAACGUUGAGGUUAGCAGACCUGAUCGACAAGUGAACAAAGCUGUUUCCGAUGGUGGGGUAUCGUUCUUCGUCGAUGAUAAAGUGAAGACACGAAUAGCGAAGUGGACAUAUGGACUGAGUGCCUGGGUGAAAUAUGACCCAGACAAUUCUGACCACAAGGCUCGAGAGGACAAAGUGGAAACAAACCCGGUUACGGGGGAGCGGAUACUGAAGAAGAUGUUCACGGUCAUCCUUCCCAAGGGCACGCCCGUGCAAGCGACUGGAGAAUACAAACAUAAAUAUCACAUUACCACCACCGAGAGACCGGAAGGGAAACUUGUACAUAUAUUGCAAUACGACGGAGAGCUAGAGAGGCCGGUGUCGCUCUAUGAUGACCCAGAUAAUUUCGUGACUGUAUGCACGAUCAAGGCCGAUCUCAGAAAUGUUGAGACACGCAAAAUGGUCAGCCUAGCAGGCAAACGAUAUUAUUACACUGAAUAUUAUAUCGUCAUUCUCUUUGGUUUGACGGAAUUAAAGGCCCAGGUGGAGUGGAAAGAAGAUGGUAAAAAGAAGAGGAGUCCUGCCAAAGUCGUCUACGUGCCACGAACAUGA